UGACGUCAUGGAGGGGAGAGCUUAGGGACUGGUGGGCUUUUUCCUAGGAAACCCAGCCAAUUUCUUCUGGGGUUAGUUCGUCCCUCUUAAGAAUUAAAGCCCUGCUCGGGCUCCGCCCUUCAGCGGGGAAAGUCCAGCCUCAGGGUCCGCGGGCUGAGGGACACCAAGCCCUCCCUCGCCUAGCAACCGCAAAACACAGCCGCCUUAUUCUGGUACCUACGCAGCUCAGAGGAGGGUCAUAGGUUCUGACGCCACUGUGGUCCCUGGUGGGCCCCGGACGAGGAGCGUGUUGUACUUGACUGGCCAGGAGGACUGGGGAAGGAGAGAUCUGUGCGGAGCCAGCUGUGAGCGCCUCUAUUUCGGGCGCAGGUGGGAUCCUCUCCAGGAUGUCGGGUAAUCCGUGGGAGUGGGAUUAUGAAGGAAAGCAAGUGGAGAGUCCCAUCAUGGAACAAUUCUCCACUGUGACGCUCUACCAGUUUGAGGACUAUAUGCCACAGGAGGAGGCGGUCGAGGUCAAGAGGAGUGAGCACUCUGUAGAGAACAACAUCAAACCCUACCUCGUUCAUUCAGAGUAUGAAAACGAUAUUCCUCAGAUAGUUCCUUGUACUUUCACCAUCUGCUUGGCUCUGCCGGCAGUGACUGGUAUUAAAGGGAAGAUAUCACAUGACAAAUUUAAACGAAUUAGACCUGACUUACUUUCAAAAAUGCGACGGUUCUAUCAUAUAGAAUAUCAACUCCUUCCGGAUGACAGAGAGCCCAAACAAGUUGAUGUGGUAUUAUUUAGUACAGUAAUAGCCAAAGUGUUCAUGGAGUCUGGAAUAAAGUCGGUGAGUCCAUGGAAUGAAAAUGAAAAAUUGUGGCUGUCUUGGAAAGAAACUCACAAGAUAUCAAUUACAAAGGAAUUGUUAAAGAAACUAAACCAUCACAGAAUCACGUUUGACAUAUGGGAUGCCAAGGAAAAAAUGUGUAAAAAAGCAAGAUUUUCUAAAGUAAAAAGUUUUAGUCGCCAGGAGGAUGUUCAUGGUAUCGAUGAAGUGAAACAAAUGGUUUUACAGCAAAAAGAUAUGACCCAAGAGAGAAUGCCCAAACCUAGUGUUAUUAAAACAAAAACGGGAGUUGUAAUCGUUGAACGUCAUAAAUCCCCCUCCUUUGCUGAUUCAGAAAGAGGGUCCAUAGUCAAAAUUGAUCCUGAACUGGACAGGAUUUUCAAAGGAGAUGAUUUUCCUCUUCAUCUUAAUUCAUCAAGAGCAUCAGGAAUUCCAGAAAGAACAGAUGAGUCCAAGAGUACGAUCAAGCAAAUGAAUAUCAGCUCCUCCACUGUUCUGGAUUCUGUCAAGCUUCAAAGAAAAGAUGCAAGAAGAAGUCCAAAAAAGAAAAAGAAGAAAUAUAAAGUCUCUGAUGAAGAUUCAGAAUUACCACCCAUUGGGAAUCAGAGUAUCUUCUUUAUGCAGUUGAAUCUCAUGCCUCUUCUUGCAGGAGAGAAAACGGUACUGAGUCAUGCCAAAGAAACGAACUCCAAAAUUUUGGAUUGUUAUUUGAAUUUAACAGUCGAUGUCCCACUUAUGACUGAUGAACAGAAACAGGAUUUAAACCCUUUGAUUAUCAAGAUCAAGGCUGUUACCUCCCUUCCAAUAGGUCCUGUGUCACCCCAGGAAAUACAGAAAUCAUGCUUUCCGGUAUACUGCAAAUACAAAUUUUAUAACACUCCUGUUCACCAGACUCAAGGACGACUCUAUGGAAGUCAUGUUUAUUUUGAGGAUGUUAAUGUAAUCCUCAUAGGGUCUUUGAACCCCAGAAAUCUGCGUGAAUACCUGGAAGGACCACCAAUGGAAGUAGAAAUCCAUGACCGAGAUAAAAAAGAAGACACAUAUUUAGUUCUUCCUGCCCUAUUUGGGGAAGAUUCAGCUGAUGCAAAUAUGAACCAAUCAAUUAAUGUAGCCAGCAUGGCUCAAGACAUAAUAGAUGCCUUAGACCCAUCAAACAAGAAGGAUCCUUAUGGGAUUGCCAAGGUCAGUUUUAAGGAUCUUCUUUUUGGCCAGAAGUUACUGGACUUGUUUGUGCCCAUUCAAGGAUUUAAGUCUGAUUCUACUAGCAAAAAAAAGGAUAGCAAAGGAGAAAAAAGAAUUUCUGGAAGUUAUAGACCCAUGGAAAAGGCAUUUUCUUCUUUGAUGCCCAUGGGCAACUACUUUGAAUCUUCCACAUUGCUUAAACUGAGGAUAGAAAUACAUGUGCCCCUGACGGUGGAACUGAGCCAACAUGAAAUUGCAAGUGAUCGGUUUGGGCGUGCAAUUUACAUUUUUGAUGCUUUAAAAACCAAAUUCUUCGGGUCUCUUCUGAAGACCAUUGCCGAAAUCAAUGCCAAAGCUCUAGACUUAGACAUGUACCCCCUUCAAGACAUUCAAGAGGUGCUCUCAGCUUUUAAAGUGAAAGUGAAGGUACAGGCAAAUCUCGACCAGGAUGUGAUUACUGGAUUCCAUUUAUUUGAUGGAAAAAUUCACCUCUUUAUUUUGGAAGGACUGGCAGCAUAUGGAUUAAGGCAGUUAUGGGAGAAAUAUCAGAAUCAAAUAUCAGGUUCAGAAGACGGAAAUUUUAAAGUUUUAUAUAACUCGGAGUUAACGUUUCAUGAGCGUCUGUAUGCGAAUCUCGAUUCAAUCUUAUACCAUAUCCAUCUCUGCAAACCUCUUUCAUCUAUAGUAAAACAGUCGAUGCUUUUUGUCAGAGGAUGGGUUCCUCAGCCAUCUUUACAAGCCCUGUUAAAGCUCCACACCAUCUGCCAUAGCAAGAAACUCAGGGAUGUCAUAGAAAGAGAUCUGUUUCCUUCAGCAGAAAUGUUAAAAUAUAUGAGCCAAGAGUUUGGGAUUCCUGUACGGAGGUCGUUAUUAACGUCUAGUCCGCUGAAGACAGUGCCAUCUGCUCUUUUAAGGAUGGAAAAGUCAGAAAGAAACAUCCCAGACUUCGGUACUAUGCUUCAAGAACAUGACGAAAGAUAUACCCAAUGGAAAAAGGAAAUGGAGAGAAAACGGGCUGCAGCAAAUUGCUUCAUCCGGAAAAACAUUGCUGGAGCAUCUCUAACUAAAAGGACCUCUGAGCUGCCUGAGGUGAAAACGAUCAGAUGUUUUCCUCCUGAUGGGAAGUCUGUCUAUAACUACAGCAUGCAGACUUUGAACUCGGGGGAACAGGCAAAGCAAAAGUUGAUUGCUCAGAUGGACAAGGAAAAAGGGAAAAUAUUCACUUACUCCAAAGACUACCUCUCAGUCCUUCCAGAAUGUUUGCCAUUGAAACUUUCAAAAUCCAAAUCUAAGUUAUGGCUUACUCCAGAAGGAUUUCACAUUCCUGGAUAUCAGACCAGUUUUGAAUCAAACCGACAUCCCAAGAUGCCAGAUGAAAAUCGGGUGGAAGAUUUAAAAGAGACAUGGCAAGAGAAUACUCUAUUUACUAAUAUCCUGAAACCUGUCCUCGAUAGGGGUAGAUUGAGUUGGGACAUGCGACAUGUGGAUUUUGACAUUUACACGAAGCCACCUUCUACUCUCCAUCUACCUCUUCCUCCUGAACAUUGUACCCUAAAAGGCAAGACCAAAACUGAGAAAAGAAGCCAGCCCUUAAAUAACUGAUCAGGUGGCUUCCUAGCCAAGCACAGCCAUCAAACCCAUUUCUCAAAGAAAUGCUUCCUUCUCCAAAACCAACCGCAUUUCCAAAACAACACUGAAAGCGAGUGGAAUAUCAGGUCCACCACACACGUACCGAAUUUAAGAGAAAAACCACCCACGCCCUCAGCCCCUCCCUACUCACUUCGUGGUCGUAGUUGCGCAGUCCAAUGCGGAUGGAGCGACUAGAUCUCGAGAGGACGGCGGUCAUGGCAUACAUGUUAAUCAUAAUGUCCGCCAUGCGCUUCAUGGUCAUCUGCUCUUCCAAGAUAGUCUAGGAAAAGGGAGUCACAUCAACCCUGAAGAGAUCCCUGGAAAUCCACAACCACCUUCCGAACCCACCAAUGUUCUGUCUCUAAAGGGAAGAGCAAUUCAAUGAGAGGGCGUUCCCCUCUGAUGUAGGCAAGGAAGCCACCUAGAUUUCAGCCAAAGCUACAACCCUGAGAAGGGAGGUAGCUCUGUGGGAAAGCCCCCAUGGUAAGAUACUCAGGACAUUCCUCAUUUAAUCCAAAGACAUUCUGCAGCCGCUUCUUGCAGGCUGCUCCGACAGCUCUUGCUGGAGAGCUCCUCGGGACAGGAGGCCGCCCUUGGCCAAUCCCCUAUGGGGCUGGCCCUGUAUUUGCAAUCAAGCAGUCUUGGCCUCAGAGGGAAUCUUUCUAUAGAAACCCCAAGUAAAAUCUCCCCUUUCCUGGUUAGCCUUGCCAGACUGAGGUGACUGAACCUCAUUUUUACAAUGACAGACUUCUCAUGGCAUAUGAGUUGGGUCUCAGUUACAAAGAUGUAUGUGGCCCUCUAAUUCUCAAGACAGAAGGAGCAGACUGAACAGACCCAAAUAUCUGGGCCGUUUUUUCAAUGUUUCUUAAAUCCUCAGGGUGAGGAUGAAAGCUCUUUUUAACAAACACUGAAGUCUUUCUGCUUAAAUCUAGGAUGGACAUGAGGGUGAGCCAAGUCCAGUCCCUGCCCCAAGACUCCAAAUUUAGUGGGUAGAAUAAGGUAUCCACAUCAAUGGUAAGAAUGCCAGAUAUGAUCAGAACAGGCUGCAGUGAAGGACUGCUUCCAGAGAGAUAAGACCAAGGCAGGCUUUGGGUUGGAGGCAGUUCCAAGGCUGGGCCUUGAAGGCCUGGUGGGGUUUCAGUAGAGCCUGGCAGAGGGGCAGGACAUUCUGAAAGUAUUCUCCUUUUAUCAAUUGUUGGGGACCCUGGAAAAGGCCAUGUCAGGGUCACUCCCUGACCCCUUUUCCCCCCUGAGGUGUGAUAAGGAGCACCUGUUAAAGCCUCAUACACCCCAUGAACAGAAGUGAUCAGAACAAAAGCAUUUCAGAAAGGGCAGUGGCUGCUCUAUAACAUCCCAGAACCCUGGCAGGGGAUGAGCUUUUCUGCAGAGUGCAAGGUGACUUGCAGUUCCUUCUCAGUAUUGGUCCCCAUACUGGACUGAUGCAUCACUGACCAAAGGGAAGGCUAGUUACCUUGCCAAACCUCUUCAGCAACACCUCUACCGUUUUUCCAAAAUAAUACACGUUUUCUUCCAGUCGCUUUGCACUCUCCUGUAAGGAAAGCAGAAUGCCAGCUGCAGAGUGCAUAACUUUGAAAAAGGAACUGAAUUUAACACUGCUUCACCAAGAUCACUCUGGGAUCAAAUUAGUGCAUUAACCAGUCCCCCAAAUCUCUCAUGCUCCCACUUCUGGAGCACGUGAACUAGAAGUGCUGAUAUCAAGACUAGCCCUGAUGCCACUACUUGAGUGAAGAGAAAUUUUACAGAUGGGCACUGUCCUGCAGAGUAGGCAAACUGAGAAGUUAGGCUAGUGAAUGAUCAUGCUUCAAGUAACUUGUCCACCAAAUAUCUCUUUUGACAUAACUAUUAUUUUUUUGCAUUCUUCUAUGCUCUUAAAAAGAGAGAUCUGGUAUUCUUAACCUAUUUUACCCUCAUUUUGUUAUUUUUUUCUCUGUAAGGUGGAUUAAUUUAUAUGCUGAUAAAACUUUCAACCUCUCAAUUGGGAUUUCUCAGGAAGAAUAUAAAUGGAAAAGGCUGUAUACAAUAAAUUUAAAAGUAAAAAGUC